AUGAUUAUUGCCAAUAGAUUUUACUUAAAGAAAGAAAUCGGAAGAGGAGCUUCUGGUAAAGUAUAUUUAGCAAAGGACUAGCUUAAUAACUCCUAAUGCGUCCUUAAAAUAUUCAAAGAUGAAGAUGAAUAUUAAAUGGAAAACGAUGUAUACCUGAACUUGAUUCAAUAAAAAGAAGAGGCCUAUUAAUAGCUAUACAUUGAUUCUGGUGUGGCUGAUGAGUUUUCAUAUUACAUAGCCCUUAAAAUGCUAGGUUCAUCCUUAAAAUAGGAGCUAAAAUCUAUGAAGCAAAAACUCCAGCUUAGUCAAAUCAUUCAACUUGGUUAAAAGCUGUAUAAACAUGAUGAAGCUUGA